ACCGAAAAAUAAUAUCAUUACUCUCUGGAUUUGGGGUUCCAGACGAUGCAUUCCAGGAUCUCCAAGAAUCGAUGUUGUUUGAAUUGGCGGACAUGCUUCUUUACGAUGAAAAGGCUUUGACAAUUUUGAAAGAGAUAUCUUUGGACAUAAAAUUUCAAAAUUUAUUCGAAAAAGGAAUAAGUUUUGUUCGGGAACCCUUCUUCAGGUCUCUACUAUUAAGAGUUUACCACCAUAGACUCGAUGAUUUAAAACAGAGGACAAGGAUUCAGAUAGAUGUAGAUAAAGGCCGUAACAUGAUCGGUACUUCUGAUAAAAGUAGAUCACUGAAAUAUGGACAAGUGUUUAUUCAAUAUUCAAAAGACCCAUCUGAUGCUGGGAAAAAGCUGCAAAUUGUAUUGGGUAAAGUCUUGGUCACAAAAUAUCCCAGUAUUCAUCCAGAAGAUCUUCAAAUAUUUGAAGCUGUAGAUGUUCCUGGCCUCAGGCAUGUGGUCGACUGUAUUGUUUUUCCACAAUGUGGUCCACGUCCAUUUCGAGAUGAAAUGUCCCCAUCAGAUGAUAUUUAUGGUGAUGAGUAUUUCGUUCUUUGGGAUAAACGGUUUCUUAUACUUAAAAACAAGAUAAAUUCUCAAAAUGAUUCAGAAGAGAAAUUGGCCUCGGAUGUUCAAGGAACAAACAUGGCUGACUUUUUGGUGAAUUACUUAAAGAAUGAUCACCUAGAAAUCAUAGCAGAGUCCCAUUUAGCGAGGUCUGAUAGUGAACAGGAAGGUAUUUUUUCAGACUGUUGUAUUGAACUAGCUGAAAUGUAUUCUGGCGUUCUUGAUUGUCUACAAACGGGUAAAAGUCCACAAAUCCGCACAGAGUUCCUUCCCCAAAAGUAUCCCGAUUUCAUGAUGAAAAGAGAUAAAAUCUUAUAUUACUCUUCCAGAAUUCUCGGAAAACUAUUCCGUCAAAAUCAGAUGUUGCAGCAGAACAUAUUAAGAGAGAAAACUUUCGAAUUCGCUGCUGACGAAGACUUAAUAUUGCUUCCUUCCGAAGAAGAAUGUAGGCAUGCAAUUUUACAAAGAAAUCUUUACAAUGACAAACUGUUGAGAAUAAUGAAAAGAUAUGGGAUAAAAGACGAAUCUGCAGCUAUUACUGGUUUGAUACAAGAUUUGAUAAGUGGGAAAGGUUACUCAGAUGACGAGAAGAUUCAGAUUGGAAAGAUAGUUAGAGACCAAAUAUCCCUAUUAUUUAGAAAAACAAGAGUUAUUUUCUUUGAAGAGUUUGGUGGAGAAAGAAGCCGUUUUUCACUUGAAUCAGCAAGUCAAAUAUUUAGAAAGGCCUCUAUUUGGUAUACCGUCACGUACAAAAUGUCGAGCCCUCGAUUUUUAAGUUUUCCUUGGGUUGUUGGCGAUAUUCUUUGUCUGGUGAAGAAGAAUCAGGAAUUUAAGAAUGUCUUUGAAAAUAUCGAACGAUCCUUUGAGAGCCGCUGGGGACUUUUGGUCACAGAGCGAACGAGUUCUCUAGAUAAGCUACGCAAAUUACGUCACAAGGUUGAACAAAAUACGCCUUCUGGAGUCCGUCUAGAAUGGAUUAAUUUAUCUGGAAAUGGAAUUGUGAUAAGAUGUCCAGACAACCACCACUUUUUGGGAAUCAGAACAAAAAAUUCAGAACUAGGAAUUUUAACUAUAAAAUAUUUAAAUAGUUUUGCAACUAGUGUGAAAAGUGGUCCUUUUGAAGGAGAGUUAUGUUAUCAGAUAAAAUUGGCUGAAGGUGUGGAAGGAUUUAUAACAUUGAUAGUGAAUGAAAUGAUCCUAACACAAAGCAAAUUACUGAAUGAGUUUCUUGACAAAUCUACACCUUUAAAGCAUGUAGCACAUUUUCUCUUUGAAUGUUUAUGGGAACAUACCCUUACCAAAAUUCCUAUGGACCUCAUUGCAGACAUGCUACCCAUUAUGCUCCUAAAGAAAUCUUUUGAUAACAUAGAUAUUUCCAAGUCAUAUAUCAGAACAAGAAUUUUAAUUGAUUGCUUAAAAAACAUCAGACGCUAUAUCCAGAGUAUAUCUGCCCCUUCAGAAAUACCAAGAACUUCUCUUCAAUGGCUAAAAAAUACUGAGGAGGAGAUUAUUCAGAGGUGCUUGGUUGUAUACCACGAAAUUGCAUGUCAUGCAGCUGUGGACAUUUCUUGUCGUGAAGAAAACGACCAGUUAGAGACAUAUUUUUCUUGUAUCUUACCUGUGGAGUCUUGGAGUACAGUCGAAUAUGCUAAAGAAUAUGCAAAAUUUAAAUUAAUGAAAAUAACUGGCAUAGAUGUAUCAAUUCAUUUAUUGGAUUUUGGAUUGAUUAACGGUAUUAAAAUUGAAGCAGUUGGAACAGAUAUCCAACUAAUGCGUCUCAACCAGGCUCUCUUUGACCUUUCGGUAAAAUCUAAAAAGAUAACAGCUACGAAAAGCGGACAAACAACCAUCGAUGGUACCUGCACCUUUACAAUGUUGUUUGAAGGGAGUAGACAAGAAAAUGACGAAGUAAUAUUUCUACCCCACAGAGGUUUAUGCCAACACAAUCAUACCAUCAGGAAGCGGUAUCACCCCCGUCUUAGAAACCAUAGUGAUGGAUGUAGUGAGAAUUUCUUUCAAAGUUCAUUUCUCUUACAGUGGGACAAAAUCAGAGAUGAAUAUAGUGACAUCUUUCAUGGCGAUUUGAGCAUUGUUCUUGCAUUUGGGACAUUUUAUAUCAUGGAUAUAGAGAAAAGACACAUGCCAUUAUCAGAAUUGAAUGAAACUUUGCAAACUUUUGAGGAAAGACGCGAACGUCUUAAAUCUGAAACGCAUGGAAAUGGUCACGUCUGUGUGCCUUAUUCGUUCGCUUUUUUACCAAUGCAGGGUGAAUCAGACGACCUUAAGAGAUUUCUACAUGCUUAUUUUAAUAGAGAAAAUGUUCAAAGGAACGUAAAAGUUAGAAUUGGAAGGUGGGGUAUGUGUGACCUCGAUGACCAUCUGCAUUUCCUUCAACUUGAGGUCCCUCAGAUAAAAUGGUUUAUUGGUCAAAUAAUACGAAAGACAACACAAGAAAACGAAGAUGGAAACUCCAUUGACAUUAGGUGCAAAAUUCAGUCGUUCAGAAACUUGAACAGACACGCUUUGCAAACUGUCGGAGGACACGGUGACCUUCUAAAUCAUAGCAGAAGUGGAGCACUCAUUAGGAAAAAUAGCGAAGGAUUUAUUAUUAACAACAAUAAUAUAACAUUUAUUAGAGAGAAAGAAACAGAAAUUUAUUCGAAUAAAACCUUGAACAUUCAAGAAAGAAUUUGGCGCACGUUGCGUGUAGAGGUGUCUAGAGUGAAGGAAUAUAGAGUGAAAUCAUGUCGAUGUAAGAAGAUUUCAGAAAGAACAGAGGUAGUUGUAGUACCAUUUCUACCUGAUAUCAAGUCAUCUGAUGAAGAGAUCAGACAAUAUGCAAAACAAUUAUGGGAAACAGCGCUUUUCUUUGCAAAUAAAUUUGACAAGUAGUUGUCAAUCAUUUUUGUAUAUAUUUGUUUACUGGAUUGCUUCCCUUAGGUGUUGCUUAACGAUCAAAAAUCCAUUUUUA